UAGACAAUCUUCUAGGUAUGAAAUGCCAAGCCCCAUUCAAAUAUGGGUUUAGUCGCACAAUAUUAUGUAACGCAGUUAUCAUAUCUUUCACUUUGGAAACCACGACAUUUCCAAUGUCAUUAGAUAAUGUUCUGGUGACUGUAUUGUUUUUGAACCCUACCAGCAAUCCAAUGGUGCCUUGUAGGUACUGGGCAGGCAAUAAAUGCAUGUAUUCCGAUCAGGAUUGUGAGUUUUCGCACGGCACCCAAAUACCAUUGACUAAAUUUGUGGACUACAACAACAUGGGGAAAAUAUUCGGUCGUAAAGAGACAAAACUAGGGUCCGAGGAGUCCUUAGGCGACUGGGAAAAAUACACUAAGGGCAUCGGUUCAAAAAUAAUGGCCAAAAUGGGUUACAUAAAAGGAACCGGAUUGGGAAAAAACAAUGAAGGUCGAGUAAAACCUGUUGUGGCGACCGUUUUACCAAAAAGACAGUCUUUAGUUUAA